UAGUGCUAUAGUUGAACGCAAAUAGUUAAGAUGAAGAGCAAAAGUAUAGGAAAAAUAAUAUUAAUUAAAAUAAUUAAAAGUUUAUAUGCUUUGAUAUUUGGGAUCUAUUUAUUAGAGAUUGGAACAGCAUAUUUCUCAACAACAAAUAAAUGUAUUAAUACACACUGCCCAAAAUAUCCCACAAACUGUCAUGACGCAACACGAAAUACAGGUAAAAGUGGUGUUUAUACUCUUGACAUAGAGGGCAAAUCCUUUCUAGCUUACUGUGAGGCAGAUAUCAACGGUGGUGGCUGGCUUGUGAUACAGCGUAGACAAGAUGGCUCAGUAGAUUUUAAUCGUAAUUGGACAGAUUAUAAAUCAGGUUUCGGUAAUAUUAAUAGCGAGUUUUUCUUUGGUCUUAAUAAGUUACAUAAACUAACUAAUAAAAACGCACAUGAGCUCAUGAUUGUCAUGCGACUAUUUGACUCCACUGUACUCCAUACAAAAUUUGAUUACUUUUUGAUUGGUAGUGAGACUGAAGGAUACAUCUUGAAAGAACUUGGUUUGCGUUCCGGCAAUUCUACAUUUUUACUAAGCUGGAUGGAAGACUUUGAAUUUUUGACUAAAGAUAGGUAUAAUAAUACUUUAUGCAACGAAAAUUUUGCUAAAAUUAUAAAUGGAGGUUGGUGGACUAGUUGUACGAACCAUUGGUAUUAUGUGGGAGAAAAAAUAAUUGUUCCUGACCUUUUCGACGUCGGUAAUACUGACUUAAAUGGCAUUUACAAUCAUGGAAACGACACAAGCGCGAAAGAUAGAUAUUUGAUUAUCGGAGACGUGAAAAUAAAAUUUGCGCAGAUGAUGAUCCGUCCCAUUGGUUUUUAAUUAAUAACUGCGACUUUUUGUAUUACUAAUUUGUAAUAAAAAAUGUUAAUCAAAUAA